CAUCAAGAUAAUAAUAAUACUAGUAAUAUAUAAGGAGCACAGAAAUGCCAGUUUCACCAACUUCAAAAUAUAUCCUCUCCAAAUGGCUCCGAGGAGUUUGCUUCUCAUCAUUUUAGUUGUAUUUUGCAGCAAAAUCACUGCCUUCCAAUGCAACAACAAGAACAAAUUUUCAUAUCCCAAUUUAUUCCCUGCUAUUCUGAUCUUCGGCGACUCCACUGUAGAUACAGGGAACAACAACUAUAUACCAACAGUGUUUAAAGGAAAUCAUCCUCCGUACGGCGAUGAUUUCCCCGGCCAAGUUCCGACGGGAAGGUUUUCAAACGGCAAACUGGUUCCCGAUUUCCUGGCUUCCAUGUUCUGCCUCAAGGAAACAAUCCCACCUUUUCUGACCCCGAAUUUACCCGACAAGGAAUUACUCACCGGCGUCAGCUUCGCGUCGGCUGGUUCCGGCAUUGACGAGCUGACCACGGCGGUUUCGAAGGUGAUUCCGGUGUCGAGACAAACAGAGUACCUGAAGGAAUACAUACACAGGCUGACUAGAAUCGUGGGGAAGAAACAGGCCCAGAAAAUUGUUUCGGAAGCUUUGGUCAUAAUUAGCGCCGGAACCAACGAUUUCAUCUUUAAUUUUUAUGAUGUACCCACAAGAAGGCUUCAAUUCAGCGUCUAUGAAUACCAAGAUUACCUUCAAAGCAAGCUCACUAAAUUCAUUAAGGAAUUAUACGACCUUGGAUGCCGGAGAAUGGUGGUUUCCGGGCUUCCUCCGAUUGGUUGUCUACCAAUUCAAUUAACUCUCAAGUUAUCCAUAUUACGAAAAUGCGUCCCCAUGGAAAACUUGGACUCUCUGUCUUAUAAUACAAAGCUUGUUAAGCUUCUGCCCAGAAUUCAGCAAACACUCCCGGGGAGCAAACUCUUCUACGCAGAUUCAUACAAUCGUUUAUUGGACAUGAUCAAAUAUCCUAGAAAAUAUGGAUUCGUGGAAACAUCAAAGGGAUGCUGCGGAACCGGGACGGUGGAAGCAGGGCCGUUGUGCAAUCAUCUGACGCCGGUGUGUGGGAAUGCAUCGGAGUUCAUAUUUUGGGACAGUAUUCAUCCGGGUGAAUCAGUUUAUCGUUACUUGACAGAGCAAUUAGUCAAGGACCUCCUCCCAUAUUUUAAGCCCAAGGCGGUGUAGCAGUCGGUUAAGAAUCCGGAUAAAUUGUUUGGCUGAAUGAAUACUUAUGUAAACUUUAUUCCCUUAAUUAUGGUACGCUCGAGAUUGAGUGAGACGCCAAAUGAGGUCCUACAAUAAUUUCACCAUGAUAUUAUAAGGACGUUGUAGUAAUAGUAUAUCCUGUAAUAUAUAUAGCUCGUUGGCUUAUGGCCUAUAGCAUCUAUUAUGUACUCGACUCGAAAGAUAAUAUAUUAAUUCCGUCCUCAAAUUAUUGUCUAAAUUAAGUUAAAUUAAAAAUGAAAUCGACAAUAAUUUUAGACAGAGGAAACAUAUUCCAUUGGUAAUAAUGAACUGCUGAACAGUGAUCAUUUGUGAUCACUAGAUUUUGCUUAGCUUGGCCGCGGUAACAUUUUUCACAGAGUUGAGGUAAGGGGCAAGUAAUAGUUAGUAAC